CCGCAGCAGCUUCAGCUUUGGCUGGCAGUUCCAAUACAAAUGAAUUUACCAAUUUGCCUAGUGGUUCCAUGGACCAUGGGAGUGCUGCCAUGGAAACAAGUUUGGAGAGAAUGGCCAAUGGUACGGCAACAGCCACUGUAAGUUGUGGCAACAGUGUGAGUAGCAGCAGCAGUAGUAGUAGCAGUGUUAGUGGGGUAACUUCAACGGCCACGACGGCAGCUACACCACCCCCAUCCACAACAGCAACAACAUCUGUUGCGGGAGCUUCGGAGAAUGUGGGCACUGGUGCGGGUGCAGGAGGUGGUGUUGCUGUUAAUUAUGCUCCAACAUUUUUUGGCAAUGAUUAUCAUCAUCAAUUAACCCAAUCGGCAUUAAUGGCCAAUAGUACAACAUAUGCAGCGGCGGCAGCAGCCUCCAGUACGGCCAUGUUAACAAAUUAUUGUGAUGCUGCCAUGAUGAUGGCGGCGGCAGCUGUUAAUGCCAAUCAAUGUCUGCAACAGCAACAACAGCGCAUUGCCUUAAUGGCCAACUGUCAGAGUGCAAUGGAUGAGCAUGAAUUUACAAAUUUCACCAAAGAUGUGGUGACGGCAGCCUUGUCAUCGGGCGGAUCAUCGAUGUGCUCUAUGUCCAAUAGCUCGGUGUCAGUAUCCGCAGCACAUAAAGUAACAAUGAAUACAAAAGCAAGUGAAAAUUCCUCUGCGGAAAAAUCCCCUUUAUCAUCAGCCAAGGUUAGCCAGGCUUUUAAGGCCAAAGAAGAGCUGAGUAGCCAAACCAUUGAGGGUUCGGAUACGCCACCACCAAAUUUCAUCGAUAUCAGUGAAGUUCCUCUUAUUGUGGAUGUCAAGUAG